CAACUCUUAAAGCACCGUAGUUCGUAUUUUUUAGAACUAUAGAUUCUGAUUCUGGCUGAAGAAAAACAAAAUCAAAAUCGGGAUCAAGUCAAACACCUCUUGAACGCUUCAAGACUCGUACGGUUUCCGAUUCCCGUUUUUAGUUUUUGCUGGUUCAGUUGGAAGUGUAUCUAAUCUUGGUAGGAGUAUUCGCCAUUGAUAAAGCUGGAAAUUCGGCGAGGUGUAUGCAUAUGAUGCAUUUCGGUGCAUUUAGAACUCGGGUAAGGAGUUGGCUUCGCGACUAUGACAGAAUUCAAUCCGCCGCUGUGAUUCUGAUCUACCUUCAGAUUGCCUGCGCGCUGAUCGGGUCUCUUGGAGCCUUCUACAGUGGUGUUUUGUUCGUCCAUCUUGGGAUUUCGUUGUUCGCCCUUGUCGCCAUCGAAAGCAGCAGCCAGAGCCUCGGCAGAACGUACGCCGUCCUCCUCCUCUCCGCCGUCUUGCUCGAUGUCCUCUGGUUUAUCCUCUUCUCCCCCGAAAUCUGGAACAUUUCGUCCAAAAGUUAUGGAGCCUCUGUCAUCUUCUCAGUGAAACUUAGUAUGUAUAUGCAAAUAAUUGGUUUUUGUGUAAGGUUGUCAUCAUCAAUAUUGUGGAUUCAGAUAUACAGGCUUGGACCUUCUUAUGUAGACCUUCCAGUUCCUCAUGAAACAGAUACUGAUUUGCAAAAUAGUUUUCUCAGUCCUGUAAAUCCUUCUAUUGCACGACCUCAUUCCGGUUCUGAUGAUGCUUUGGGUGGAUCUGUAUAUGACCCUGCAUAUUAUUUCUCUUUGAUAGAAGAUGGUAAAGAUGAGAAUUAUUUGUCUGUGUUGAAUCAAAAUCACGGCAUGGGUAUUGUUGGCUCAACCCCUUCACCUGAAAGAACCGCUUCACCGAAGCCUGUCAGUAACUCUGUUCAGGGUAAAGAUGAACUGACGGCUGUUAGGAAUAUGCUGCAACUUUGAACCUGGUUUUUUCCCCAUGGAGGGUUCAUUCUUUACUCAUUUCUCGGCUGGUUCUUUUAUGGUAGUGACAAUGUACAGUGACUCUGCAUAUAUGAUUUGAAGAGAUAUAUACUGAUCAUACAGAUUAUACUCAUUGAAGCUUAUAGAGAGUAGCAGAGAGUAUUAUUGCAGUGUUGAAAAAAAAACUAGGGUGAGGUUUGCAGAAGUAUGAUGAGGACAUAUAAAUCACCUGGUUACCAUCGCCGGAAAAGUGUUUAAAAAAUUGAUCAGAAAAAGUUGUCAAUUUUUUUAAGGAGAAACUAGAUGUCGGCGCCCCACCACUGGAAUUUUGUUGUCUUGUUCUUUUGUAAAAAAAUCACGAAAAUUGGCUGGAAAUAGUCGUCGGAAGUUGCUAUUGAUGGUCACAUUGACAUGCUCAACCGUUGCAUACUUGCACUUAUGGUAGCCAAAUAAACAGAAGUGACAUAAUAAAUUGGC